AUGGAUCAGAAGCUACAGGAUUCUGAAAUUGAACAUUUACUCUUAUGGCUGGACAAGAUACCGUUUUCUAGACCCAAACGAAAGUUGAGGAGAGACUUCAGCGACGGAGUGUUGGUUGCUGAGGUCAUUAAACAUUUUUUCCCAAAGUUUGUUGACCUCAGCAGCCUGACGGUUCCUUUCAACUCCAGAGAGGAGAAACUUAGAAACUGGAGCCUCCUCAACAGGAAGGUGUUUCCAAGGCUGGACUUUUAUGUGCCAGAGGAAGUAAUAAGCAAGAUUGUUCUGAGCUCUCCUGGCGCAGUCGAGCCUGUACUGAGCACGCUCAAGGAGAAGAUAGACAAAAAACGGGCAGACAUUGCAAGCAAGAAACUAACUUUGGAGAACUUUGACAUCAGAAACCUGGAGAAAACUCCUGAAGGUGAAGUUUCUGUUACUUUUAAAUAA